AUGGCCAAGGGUGCGCCGAAAGGCAAGUCGUCGGCUUCGUCGGCCACGCGCAAGAAGCAGGCCAACAAAGCCGCCAUAAAAAAGGCCUACGAGCGAGACGAUGAUGGCAAGCUUCUGCAUCCCGAGCUUGCCGAGGCUCUCGAGAAGCAGAACAAACAACAUGGCCCACAGCGUGGACAGAAGAAAGACAAGACCAAGAAGGAUGGCAAAGGCGGCAAAAAGGGUAAAGCCGAAAAGAAGAAACAGUACAUUCCACCUCCCAAACCACCACAGCCGCUGCCGGAUCCGCUUGACUCUAUGGGUCUCGCUUCCCUGCUUCCCGCGGACCUCGUCGUGCUCCUGCGCAAGGCGUCAAAGAAGGACGUCAUCACUCGUUGUCGCGCUUUGGAGGGAUUGCUAGCUUGGGUGGAAGAUGCCCUAGGGAAAUCGUCGUCCACUUCUUCCCGCGAGCCGGACGCCGAGGCUUCCAAUCUCAGCUCAAGUGAGAAGAGGGAUGCCCUCGUCAUGAUGCUCCCAAGCUGGGUCCACCUCUUUCCUCGCUUGGCGCUGUCGCCAACACGUCGUCUCCGAUUGUUAACCAUGCAAAUUCAGACGCUGCUCCUUGAGAAGCUGCAGGAACCGUCCGAACAUACUUCUACGACGAGAGCGGAGCUCUUGGAAUCGCCCCAAUACAUCGAACCCAUUCUUGGACCGUGGGCCAUCCUCUGUCACGAUACCGAUCGCACCAUCGAACGGCUCGGUCGAGCUGCUUGGAACGAUACCUGUUCGUGGAGGAGUUCUCCAGCAACUGAUGCAUCUGCGGGAGCCGAAAAUUCAACUACACUGGACUUGACCGAGCACUGCGACAUUCUUGUAACCCACCUGCGCACCAUCCUCUUGUCCCCUUCGCCCUCUUUCGCCCUGUCCUUGACAUCGGCUCAUGCCGUUGCCUCGGCUGAUCCGACCUUGUCUCGUGCCUCCUCAGGAUACGCCACGCCGUCGCUGCAGCCGAGCGGUGUCGAGCGAGACGCCAAGAACCGAGACGAGAGCAACGUCGAAGAAGACACUGCAGCACUCGACAAGCGUCUCGUUGCCGGUGCCCUCGCAGUACUCUCCUCCGUCAUUCGCCAGAAGUCCGAUUCCGCAGUCAUGGAAAGCUUGCAAGAUAUCUUCUCUUCAAGGCUCGUAUGGGCUUCUUUGUCUCCUCACAACCUGGCAACAUCAUCGUCCACAGCACGCAUCGAGGCAGCCGCACCCGUCACCUCGUUCGGAUUCGAAUCACCCGCCGUCAGAUUGCGCGCCUGGACACUACUGCGCACCAUCUUCGACAUGGCACCCGACCUCCUCGACCAGCACAUCAACACGAUCGGCACCGUUGCCAUGUCUUCGGUAUGGUCCGAGCGAGACAAUGCUGUUCAGCGAGCCACGCUCGAUGCCAUCCUGCCUCUGCUCAGGAAGCGUCCAGAGUUGUGGCUCAUUGGUUCCCGCCAAGAUGCUGCUCAGAAGGCCAAGGGAACCCACGCCGACGACAGCGACGACGAGCACGACGAUGACGAAGACACUGAUGACGACGAAGAAGAAGAUGACGACAGCUCAGACACCGCAUCUGAUGAUCGUGACCACGAAGUCGCAGGUACUGCACAGGAAUCACGACCAAAGCCGCAGUCCUACACCUCCUUCUUGCAAUGGUUGCAGUCAGCAUGCGGCGGUGCUCCUCAUCUGGGCUAUUCGGCCGUGAUCGUGUUCAUCUCGACCAUCCCUGCCGAGAUUCUCGCUCACGAUGAUUUGGACGCUGCUUCUGAUCUCCUCACCAACUUCUUUUCGGCUUUGUACAGCCGUCCGCUCGACUUUGACCCGACAGGAUGUCGAGCCUUCUUCGCGUCCUUCACAGAAUGCGUCGCUUUCCUAGCUCUACGCAUGCUUCGCACCACGACUAGCGCAGGCAAGGAUAACGCUGCAUCAGCAAACGAUCUUGUGCGUGUACACUUUGGCAGCGCAUGGUCAGAGCUGGUGUUUCCAAAGGCGAGCCUGCUGUCUUCCCUCGGUGCAUCCGCGGCGGCCGAGGAUGCCGACGAAGCAGGACGAGUACAACGGAUCAAGAACAUUGGAAGCACACGCAUCGUGUCCGAUCUUGCCAUCCAAGUACGACGCGUGGCUUCGUCCGAGUCUCAACUCGUCCUGCCAUUUGUUGCCGAGACGGAGGCUGACCUCGUCGAGAUCACCGAGGCUCUUUGCACCGCAAACACAAGCGAUCCCAAGGUGCUUGCUACGCUGGAACGUGCCGCGUCUUUCUACGCUGCUCUAGCGCCGUCCCAGGGUCAGACUGCCAGCGCUGAGAUACGAGCAGCGGCAGCUGCCGGUCUCAGCAGGGCCAUCAAACUCGCUGCCUCGCGUCUGUCUGAUGUCGACACUGAGGCGACCGCUUCGUCGGAUCUCAGGCGAACUCGCGCUACCCUGCUUUCUGAUUUUCUGUGUCUUUUGCUUCGGUCGGCGGUCAGCGUACCAGAUGCCCCUGACGGCUCUGCCACCGAAGUAUUGGCGCAGACAUCACAAGUGUCCAUUCCUCACCUUGUAGCAACCAAGUGCAUUGCGCCGACGUCAGCAGCGUCCUUCCUUGCCGCCUAUCUGCCUUUGUGCACGGACGAAAAGGUCCGAGCAUCCAUCUGGACAGAAACGUUAUCGUCAGUGGCUCUUCUCGGCGAGCUCCAAGACCGAGUGGAUGCGCUGUCCGAGCUGUUUGCCGCCUCAGAAGCUAUUUCGAAAGCAGCGGAGGCCAGCGACGCGGCAAGUUCUCGACUUCAGCUACCAGCGCCGGAGGCUGGCAUCGAGGACUUGGCCAUAGGACUUGUCACCAGCCUCUGCGACAGUGCACACGUCUCCAACGAGCUUCGUUAUCGCCUUCGUAAUCUCGUCUCGAACAUUAUGACCAAGCCAGGAUCCUUCAUCGACGCAUCGUGCGUCAAGGCGAUGCUGUCCAUUAUAUGCUCGACGAUCGAGCACCUCAGGAACACGCUGCUGGAAAGGCCACAACCUGGGGAGGAUGAACACCUCCGCAAGCGCUUAGCCGCUUCGACGACGGAGCACUUGCUAUAUGUGCUAGAAAUUUGGAUCAAGGCUCAAUCGUCCGGAGCCGAUGCUCGGCGCACUCUCAGAAACCAAUCUUUCGCAGGUAUUUUGACCGCCGUCUUCGAACUCGCCCACCUAUACAAAGGUUUUGGAGAUCCGAGCGCUGAGCAGCACGACUGGAUCAGCAAAGGACAUGCCUCAGGAGUGCGAGCGCUUGCGCAUCAUGUGAUGCAGCAUGUACUUAAAGACGCCUCCGAGCAGGAGUGGAGGGAGAUGCAAGAGGAAGAAAGAGCAGGACUUCAAGAUCACUUGCUCGACAUCCACGUUCCGGUCGACGUCUUGGUGAACGCCGCCAUGAUGAAAGCAUCGCUGCUUCCAGAGCGUCAAGAGCUGCGCGACAUGAUGCUCAAUGUGUGCCGUCAAGAGACGCACGCGGCAUUGCUGGUGUUCGAUCCGCUGAUUCCACAGCAGUCUUCCUCAGUGUCCGCCUCCGCGAGCUCGGAUUCGCUAAUCGAUGGCCAAGGCCUCGGCAUUUUCGCGCGAAUCUGCGCUGCUGCCCUUCUGAUUCUCAAUCAGGACCGUGCAGGUGCCAAGAAGCACGUCAACCUGCUUCCGCUUGUAGUUCUUCUGUCGAUUCUGAUCGAAGACGACCUGCUGGUUGCUGGUGCAUCGAAGCACGCUCUUGCUUCCUCUGUGCUUCCCGAAGCUCAUCGUGCAUGGCUGCAGUCCUCGGUCACGGCCACCACUGCUCUAAUCUCGUCGCUCAGCGACGCAGUGACGGAAAAUUGGCACAACGACUUGGUCACGGCGCUCCAGCGCUCGACUGCUAUUGACGCCGACAAGGACGGCAUCGGCCACGUACUUUCUGCGGUGUGGGGAAUGGCAUCAGAGCUCAACACCCCGAGCAGCUAUCUUGCACGUGUCUUCCACCGUCUGCUGAAUGCAGUCUUUAGCUUCGGCACUGUAACGGAAGUAGGAGCUGAUCGUUGGCUCAAGCUUGGAGAUGCAGUCCAAGAUCGCAUGCCAGCCAUGGCUCACGCCAUCUUCCAUGCGGUCAAACCAAUCGCUGGCUCUUCCCCCGUCUACGACCGUCUUCGGAAUGGAGCCGCUGCCAAACUUGCAGGACUUGGCCCCAACUCGGCAGAAGAUCGCCUACUCAAGUCACUCCGCACGCUCGUUGCUCUGGCUCCACCGGUAGACUCCGAUCUGGCAAUCAUUCCGCAGCAGCGUGCGAUGUUCCUGCUCAAAGACAUUCAAAGAUGGCACUCGGACGACGAGAACAACGACGAUCCUGAGGAGGAGACAUCGACACGUCUCGCAGAGCUGUUCGUUCACCUGCUCCCGGUCGUACAGGAUGUACCGGGCAGUCACAUCGACUUCAUCUUUGACACUCUCGAGACAAACUUGGAAUUGUGCUCCUUGGCCGAAGACGAUACAGUGGCGCAGCUCUACCACAAUCUUCGCUUGCUCGAGACGAUGCGUGAUCUGGCAUCUCGCAACGCUAAUCUGCGCGAUUAUUGGAAGGAUCGCAGCGUUGCGUCGAUCGACAGGGUACGGGAUCAAUUCUUGUCUCUUCCUGGUCUCGAGUCGAUCUCGGCUCCCAAGCAGGCCUGCAUCGACCUCAUUGUGGACCUCAUUCGCGAGACAUCAGAGGCGCCCUUCAUGCUGUCACAGACUGCUGCGCCGUUGUGCAAGCUUUUGGUGCAGAACCCAAGCCACGAGGUUCAGGUGAUCAGCUACCGCUUGCUGAGCGGCGCCAUCCGAGAGCACAUUAAGGAGCUUGUUGUCGAGUCGGCGGUGGAUCGGGAAGCGCUGGCGACCGAAGAAGGGCAGCAGAAGCUCAAGCUUCCGGAAGCUCUGGUUGCCAACAUCAGCGACAGUAUGGGCCCCCAGCUCAACCUGCUAGUUGAAGAGGGAGCUGCACGCCGCACCGCGUUUGGCUACUUCCUCAGCUGGAUUGCGGUGUUUGAGCAUUUCGAGGGGGCUUCGCUGUCUGUGAAGUCGGCGUUUUUGGGCGAGAUCGAAAAGCGUGAUCUGUUGGUCGAGUCGCUACUGCCUACCGUGUUUGCACUGGUCGGCUUGGCCGACGAGAGUCGACGACCGUUCGAUCCGAGCCGCUUCGUCCUGGAAGAAGUGUUCUUGGAUCAAAUCGAUGCCGAAUCGUCAUUGACCGUGUUGCAGGUGUUGGCAGCGCACGUUUACCUACGAGCGUUGAUCCAUAUGCCUACCGCCGUCCGCGGAUGGUGGGUCAACAUCAAAGAUCGACAGCACUCCAUGCAGAUCGCCAGCUUCACCACGCGUCACCUUUCGCCCAUCAUCGCCAACCGUGAACUUUCGCACCUUCGCGAACCGGAAGCGAUGUCCAAGUUGCAAGACGAAGCCCUCUCGAUCAAGAUCCUCUCGACGAACGAAGUGAUCGCCACCUACGUGGUGGAUGAGCACCCCAUGGAGAUCGGCGUCAAGAUUCCUUCGGACUUCCCGCUUCACGGCGUCGAGAUUCGUGACAUUCAACGAGUCGGCAUCACCGAAGCCAAAUGGAGAUCUUGGUUGUUGGCGGUACAGCAGCUCAUCACGGGUCAGAAUGGACUCAUCUUUGACGCGUUGAGCUUGUUCAAGCGUAACGCCGAGGUGCAGUUCCAAGGACUGGAUGAGUGUGCGAUUUGCUACUCCAUCAUCUCGCCCAUGGACAGGAGUUUGCCGACCAAGCCGUGCAAGACGUGCAAGAACAAGUUCCACGCUGGGUGUUUGUUCAAGUGGAUCUCGACGAGUGGGGCUAGUACGUGUCCGUUGUGCAGGUCAAUUUUGUAG